CGCCAUUGCACUCCAGCCUGGGCCACAGAGCGAGACUCCGUCUCAAAAAAGAAAGAAGAAAGAAAGAAAGCAAAAAAAAAAAAAAAAAAAAAAAAAAAAAACAAACCACCUCGCAGUGCUUACUCCUAACGCGUGGAACUUGUGUCGACAUCCACCCUCGGUUACUGCAUACUCAGUCACACAAGCCAAAGCAGGAAACAGCGAGCUGGCAGCCUCACCGACGAGUCUCAACUAAAAGGGACUCCCGGAACUAGGGAUGGGGACUCGGCCUAACACAGUGAGUGCCGGCUAUUGGACUUUUGUCCAGUGACGGCUGAGGCAAAGCCCAGGGCUAUCCAAAGACCACGGGAGGGGGUGUGGGAGAGAAGCGCCGCGAACAGCCAUCGCCCAGCACCAAGUCCGCUUCCAGGCUUUCGGUUUCUUUGCCUCCAUCUUGCGUGCGCCUUCCGGGCGUCUAGGGGAGCUAAGGCUGAGGUGUCAGCGGCAGGAGAGUCCGGCCGCGACAGGACGAACUCCCCCACUGGAAAGGAUUCUGAAAGAAAUGAAGUCAGCCCUCAGAAAUGAAGUUGACUGCCUGCUGGCUUUCUGUUGACUGGCCCGGAGCUGUACUUCUGCAGACCCUUGUGAGCUUCUCUAAGAGUAGGAUGUCUGCUGAGGUCAUCCAUCAGGUCGAAGAAGCACUUGACACAGAUGAGAAGGAGAUGCUGCUCUUUUUGUGCCGGGAUGUUGCUAUAGAUGUGGUUCCACCUAAUGUCAGGGACCUUCUGGAUAUUUUACGUGAAAGAGGUAAGCUGUCUGUCGGGGACUUGGCUGAACUGCUCUACAGAGUGAGGCGAUUUGACCUGCUCAAACGAAUCUUGAAGAUGGACAGAAAAGCUGUGGAGACCCACCUGCUCAGGAACCCUCACCUUGUUUCGGACUAUAGAGUGCUGAUGGCAGAGAUUGGUGAGGAUUUGGAUAAAUCUGAUGUAUCCUCAUUAAUUUUCCUCAUGAAGGAUUACAUGGGCCGAGGCAAGAUAAACAAGGAGAAGAGUUUCUUGGACCUUGUGGUUGAGUUGGAGAAACUAAAUCUGGUUGCCCCAGAUCAACUGGAUUUAUUAGAAAAAUGCCUAAAGAACAUCCACAGAAUAGACCUGAAGACAAAAAUCCAGAAAUACAAGCAGUCUGCUCAAGGAGCAGGGACAGGUUAUAAGAAUGUUCUCCAAGCAGCAAUCCAAAAGAGUCUCAAGGAUCCUUCAAAUAACUUCAGGCUCCACAAUGGGAGAAGUAAAGAACAAAGACUUAAGGAGCAACUUGGCACUCAACAAGAACCAGUGAAGACAUCCAUUCAGGAAUCAGCAGCUUUUAUGCCUCAGAGCAUACCUGAAGAGAGAUACAAGAUGAAGAGCAAGCCCCUAGGAAUCUGCCUGAUAAUCGAUUGCAUUGGCAAUGAGACAGAGCUUCUUCAAGACACCUUCACUUCCCUGGGCUAUGAAGUCCAGAAAUUCUUGCAUCUCAGCGUGAAUGGUAUAUCCCAGAUUCUUGGCCAAUUUGCCUGUAUGCCCGAGCACCGAGACUACGAUAGCUUUGUGUGUGUCCUGGUGAGCCGAGGAGGCUCCCAGAGCGUGUAUGGUGUGGAUCAGACUCACUCAGGACUCCCCCUGCAUCACAUCAGGAGGAUGUUCAUGGGAGAUUCAUGCCCUUAUCUAGCAGGGAAGCCAAAGGUGUUUUUUAUUCAGAACUAUGUAGUGUCAGAGGGCCAGCUGGAGGACAGCAGCCUCUUGGAGGUAGAUGGGCCAGCAAUGAAGAAUGUGGAAUUCAAGGCUCAGCAGCGAGGGCUGAGCACAGUUCACCGAGAAGCUGACUUCUUCUGGAGCCUGUGCACUGCGGAUGUGUCCCUGCUGGAGCGGUCCUACAGCUCACCGUCCCUGUACCUGCAGUGCCUCUCCCAGAAACUGAGACAAGAAAGAAAACGCCCACUCCUGGAUCUCCACAUUGAACUCAAUGGCCACAUUUAUGAUUGGAACAGCAGAGUUUCUGCCAAGGAGAAAUACUAUGUCUGGCUGCAGCACACUCUGAGGAAGAAACUUAUCCUCUCCUACACAUAAGAAACCAAAAGGCCAGGCACAGUGGCUCAUGCCUGUAAUCCCAGCACUUUGGGAGGCCAAAGAGGGCAGAUCACUUCAGGUCAGGAGUUCGAGACCAGCCUGGCCAACAUGGUAAACGCUGUCUCUAAUAAAAAUACAAAAAUUAGCUGGGUGUGGGGGUGGGUACCUGUGUUCCCAGUUACUUGGGAGGCUGAGGCAGGAGGAUCUUUUGAACCCAGGAGUUCAGGGUCAUAGCAUGCUAUGAUUGUGCCUACAAAUAACCACCGCAUACCAAUCUGGGCAAUAUAGCAAGACCCCAUCUCUUAAAAGAAAAAAAAAGGACAGGAACUAUUUUA